UUCAAAUAAAAACGUCGUGCUGUUAACGGCCAGUUGUCAGAGAGAAGCAGCGCGAGCGCACAAGAGCUUCGUUUACGCUCCUGAAAAGUCACAAUAAAGCAGAAGUGCAGUGGAAUUAUGGCUGAGGGCGAUAAUAAAAGUGCUAAUUUACUGGCUCAGGAGACGUCUCAGCUGGAGGAGCAGCUGCAGGGAUGGGGCGAGGUCAUCUUAGCCGGGGAUCAGUUCCUGCGCUGGGAGAAGGCCUGGUUCCCCGCUGUGCUGGUGGGCAGCACCACCGUGCUCUUCCUACUUGUCUACUACCUGGACCCGUCUGUGCUGACCGGACUGUCCGGCGCCGUCAUGGUUCUGUGUCUGGCUGAUUAUCUGGUGCCCACCCUCGCCCCCCGCAUCUUCGGCUCCAACAAAUGGACCACCGAGCAGCAGCAGCGCUUCCAUCAGAUCUGUGGGAACCUGGUGAAGACUCAGCGCCGUGUGCUGGGGUGGUGGAAACGUCUGUUUGCCCUCAAGGAGGAGAAGCCCAAGAUGUACUUCCUGUCGGUGAUCAGCACUCUGGUGGUCGUGGCCUGGAUCGGACAGCAGGUCCAUAACCUCUUCCUGACUUACCUGAUCGUGAACUUCCUCCUGUUGCUGCCUGGCCUGAACCAGCACGGCAUCAUCUCCAAGUACGCCGGCAUGGUCAAGAGGGAGGUCAACAAACUGCUCAAGCAGAAGGAGAAGAAAAACGAGUGAAAAGAAACGGAUGAUGAGAAUUGAGUAGGAGUAACGAAGUUAAAUUUGCCCCAAUAACAUUUAAACAGUAGCUCAGACCGCUAAAGUCCCUCAAGCAAAGUUAUAUAAAUAAUCAAAUAUAUUAAAGCUAAAUUUAGGCUUAAAUCCGAGCGCACGAAUUUUCUCCACAUUUCACGUACGUCCACCUGAUCACAUCCACGUGUUCACGGUGUAAAAGCGCUUCAGCCUUCUCACCGCUUUAAAGCCAUUCCCUUUUAUAUAACAUUAAGGCUAAUCACACCACUGAAACGUAGAUGAGACCGCUCGAGAUCAUGAGCACAAAUCGUACUGUGGAGUGGUUUUGGUUUCUGUUUGUUUCUCUGUUUUAGUGGUUUUAUUUUGUUCGUUGUUGAAAACUGCACUGAAAGCACCACAGGAGAAACGUGUGUGUGUGUGUGUGUACAUGCGUGUGUACGUACGUGUGUGUGUGUGUGUGUACGUACGUGUGUGUACGUACGUAUGUACGUGUGUGUGUGUGUGUACAUACGUGUGUCUGUGUGUGUGUGUGCGCGCGCGCGUGUGUGUACAUACGUGUGUACGUACGUACGUGUGUGUGUACGUACGUAUGUGUGUGUGUGUGUGUGUACAUACGUGUGUGUGUGUGCGCGCGUAUCCUGUGACCUCCUGCCUGAGGGCUGCAGAGUCGUACUGCUGUUUUUUUUUGUUUUAUUCUCUCUUUCCUCCAGCUGAAGCUCUUCAUGCCUCUUUAUGCUGUAAAUACACCUCUCCCUCCCUCUCUCUCCCUCCCUCUCUCUCUGUCUCUCUCUCUCUCUCUCUCUCUGUCUCUCUCUCUCUCUCUCUCUCUCUCUCUCUCUCUCUCUCUCUCUGUCUGCGUGUGCGUGUUAUGUUCAUGUACCUGUGGGAACUUUCCUUACGGCUCUUACUUACACGAGCCAUGACACGUCUGUCUGCAUUUCAGUCUUUCUCUUCAGUUCAGUUACCUUCAUAAAAAAGAAAUAAACGAUUAGAACAAUAAAGAUCUUCUCUGACACUU